CUGCUUGUUGUCGGCCAUCUUUACUAGUGUAAGCUCGAAAACACAAAACACAACACAAGUGAUUUACAAUUAUAAUUGUAUUCGGAUUAUAUCAUCACACUGAGGCGUGAAGACUCGUGAUGUCAGACUUUAUUGAUAGCGAAGCAGAGGAGUCAGAGGAGGAGUUUGAAGAGAAGGACCUUAAACCAAAGAAGACCCAAAGGUUUCUAGAAGAAGAAGAUGAAGAAGAUGACGCGGACAACCCAGAGGAGCAGGAUGAACACGGAAAUUUGCGUGGACUGAUCGAUGAUGGAGAUGAUGAAGGAGAGGAGGAGGAAGAAGAAGUGAGGAAAAGUGGAAGUGCAGCGGGAAGUGACUCUGAAGAGGAAGUGAGGCAUCGUCGUAAAAAGCGCAGAACUGAUGACGACUUGGAUGAUGAUGAUCUUGACCUCAUUGAGGAAAACUUGGGUGUCAAAGUGAAAAGGAGAAAGAAGAAAUACGAUCGUGUAAAAACACUGGAUGAUGACGACGACGAUGACGAGAAGGACUUGAUCGAAAAUGAGAUCUUUGACAGGGAGGGUGAAGGUGACCUGGAGGAAGGCGAGGCUGUUGAUGAGCCUCUUCGACAUCCAGAAGAUGAGGAAGAAGGAGAGGAUGAAGAGUCAGAUAUAGAUGAUUUUAUUGUGGAUGAUGAUGGCCAACCCAUCACCAAAAAGAGAGGCAAGAAGUUCUCGGGAUACACUGAUGCAGCCCUUCAGGAAGCUCAGGAGAUUUUUGGUGGCGACUUCGAUUUUGCUGACUUUGAUGUGGAUGCCUAUGAUCAGGGUGAGGAGGAGGAAGAAGAUCAAGAUGAAGAAAGCUGGGAUCGACCCAAAAAACAGACUAAGAGGAGGCUUGGGAGAAAGAGCAUCUUUGAGCUCUAUGAGCCCAGCGAGCUGGAAAGCAGUCAUAUGACUGACCAAGAUAAUGAGAUCCGGUCCACAGACAUGCCUGAGAGGUUCCAGUUGAGAUCCAUCCCUGUUAAAUCUGCUGAGGAGGAUGAGUUGGAAGAAGAAGCGGAGUGGAUCUUCAGACAUGGGUUCUCCACUCUAACCAUCUCCAUGCAGGAAAGCACAGAUUAUCUUGACAGAGGAUCAACAACAAACUUCAGUAGGAAGGGGCCCAGCACCAUCGCCAAGAUCAAAGAGGCUCUCAACUUCAUGAGGAAUCAACUUCUUGAGGUUCCAUUCAUAGCCUUCUACAGAAAAGAGUACGUGGAGCCAGAACUAAAUAUCAACGAUCUGUGGAAGGUGUGGCAGUGGGAUGAAAAGUGGACUCAGCUGAAGACCAGGAAACAGAACCUGACCCGGCUGUUUCAGAAGAUGCAGGCCUUCCAGUUUGAGCAGAUUUCUGCUGAUCCUGACAAACCUUUGGCCGAUGGCAUUCGUCCUUUGGACACGGCUGACAUGGAGAGGCUGAAAGAUGUGCAGACUCUAGAAGAACUGAGCGAUGUGUAUCAUCAUUUCUUGCUCUAUUAUGGACGAGACAUCCCCAAGAUGCAAAAUACUGCAAAAGCCAACAAGAAGAAGCUCAAGAAGAUUAAAGUGUCAGAAGAUGGUGAAGAGGAAGAGCUUGAAGUUGAAGAGGAGGAGGAGCAGAAAGGGCCUGACCUGAAAUUGGCAUCUCGUAGAGACAUGUACAGCGUCUGUCAAAGCGUAGGACUUGAUGGCCUGGCUAAAAAGUUUGGGUUAACUCCAGAACAGUUUGGAGAGAAUCUGAGGGACAGUUACCAACGUCACGAGACAGAGCAGUUCCCUGCCGAGCCACUGGAGCUGGCAAAAGAUUAUGUUUGCAGUCAGUUCCAGACUCCUGAGGCAGUGCUGGAAGGAACCAGGUAUAUGGUCGCCAUGCAGAUUGCUCGGGAACCUCUAGUCAGACACGUUCUUCGUCAGACCUUCCAGGAGAGGGCCAAGAUCAACAUCAAACCUACGAAGAAGGGCAAAAAGGAGAUAGACGAGGCUCACUUUGCAUAUUCCUUCAAGUAUCUAAAGAAUAAGGCUGUAAAAGAGCUGAAUGGGGAUCAGUUUUUGAAGAUGUGUCUGGCAGAGGAGGAGGGCCUUCUUUCCAUUGAUGUCUGUAUAGAUCUAAUAGGUGUCAAAGGCUAUGCCGGGGACCAAACAUACUUCGAUGAGAUCAAGCAGUUCUACUACAGAGACGAGUUCAGUCACCAGGUCCAGGAGUGGAACAGGCAGCGAACUUUAGCCAUAGAGAGAUCUCUCAAUCAGUUUCUUUACCCUCAGAUGGCCAAGGAGUUAAAAAGCAAACUGAUAACUGAAGCUAAAGAGAGCAUUGUUAAGUCUUGCUGUCGCCGGUUGUACAACUGGCUUAAGGUGGCUCCAUACAGGCCAGAUCAACAGGUUGAGGAAGAUGACGACCUGAUGGAUGAGAGUCAGGGAAAAGGCAUACGAGUGCUAGGUGUUGCCUUCGCACCCAGCAGAGACACGCCAGUUUUCUGUGCUUUGAUCAAUGGGGAUGGAGAGGUGGUGGACUUCAUUCGUUUGCCUUACUUCAUGAAGAGAAGGAACGCCUUUAGAGAAGAAGAAAGAGAGAGAAAGGCACAUGACAUUGAAAAUCUUAAGAGGUUUCUCUCGAGCAAGAAACCUCAUGUGGUCGCUGUAGCUGGGGAAAAUCGAGAUGCUCAAAUGAUCAUGGAGGAUAUAAAGAGGACUAUCAGUGAACUUGAGCAGGAGUCGUCUCUUCCUGCUGUGGGAGUGGAACUGGUUGACAAUGAACUGGCCACACUUUACAUGAACAGCAAGAAGUCAGAGACUGAUUUUAGGGACUAUCCUCCCUUGCUGCGACAGGCUGUCUCAGUAGCCAGAAAGAUUCAGGAUCCUCUAAUAGAAUAUGCUCAGGUCUGCAGCACUGAUGACGACAUACUGUGUCUCAAACUACACCCGCUGCAGGAACAUGUAGUGAAGGAAGAUUUGCUCACCGCACUUUACUGUGAAUUUAUCAACCGUGUCAACGAGGUCGGUGUUGACGUGAACAGGGCGAUCGCCCAUCCUCAUACCCAGAGUUUGGUCCAGUAUGUCUGUGGAUUGGGGCCGAGGAAGGGUGCCCACCUUCUCAAGAUUCUGAAGCAGAACAACACACGUCUGGAAAACAGAACGCAGCUGGUCACCAUGUGUCACAUGGGACCCAAAGUUUUUAUUAACUGUGCUGGUUUCAUCAAGAUUGACACAGCAUCUCUUGGUGACAGUACGGACUCCUACAUAGAGGUUCUAGAUGGUUCUCGUGUCCACCCCGAGACGUAUGAGUGGGCUCGUAAGAUGGCUGUCGAUGCCCUCGAGUAUGAUGAGUCUGCAGAAGAUGCAAACCCCGCCGGCGCUCUGGAGGAGAUCCUGGAAAAUCCUGAACGUCUCAAAGAUCUGGAUCUGGAUGCUUUUGCCGAGGAGCUUGAGAGACAGGGUUAUGGCAACAAGGGAAUUACACUUUAUGACAUCCGUGCGGAGCUGAGCUGCAGGUACAAAGACCUCAGAGUUCCCUACAGAGUCCCCAACACUGAGGAGGUCUUCAAUCUGCUCACCAAGGAAACUCCAGAAACCUUUUACAUUGGUAAGCUAAUAACCAGUGUGGUAACUGGUAUCGCUCACCGGCGGCCUCAGGGAGAGAGCUAUGACCAGGCUAUUCGGAACGACUCUACAGGUCUGUGGCAGUGUCCUUUCUGCCAGCAGGACAACUUCCCUGAGCUGAGUGAGGUGUGGAAUCAUUUUGACAGCGGCUCGUGUCCAGGUCAGGCCAUUGGAGUCAGGACCAGAUUAGAUAAUGGUGUCCAGGGAUUUAUUCCCACCAAGUUUCUCAGUGAUAAAGUGGUCAAACAUCCAGAGGAGAGGGUCAAGGUGGGCAUGACGGUUCACUGCCGCAUCAUGAAGAUCGACAUCGAGAAGUUCAACGUCGACCUCACAUGCCGCACCUCAGAUCUGGGAGACAAGGGCAACGAGUGGAAGCUUCCCAAGGACAGUUACUACGACUUUGACACAGAGGCUGAGGACCAGAAACAUGAGGAGGAGCUGAAAAAGAAACAGCAGCGAACUCCAUACAUAAAGCGUGUGAUCGCCCACCCCAACUUCCACAAUAUUAGUUUUAGCCAGGCUGAGAAGAUGAUGGAGACUCUGGACCAGGGGGACCUUAUCAUCAGGCCCAGCAGCAAAGGAGAGAACCAUCUCACCGUCACUUGGAAAGUGGCUGAUGGCAUCUAUCAGCAUGUAGACGUGAGAGAAGAAGGCAAAGAGAAUGCGUUCAGUUUAGGCCACACUCUCUGGAUCAAUACUGAAGAGUUUGAGGAUCUGGAUGAAAUCACCGCUCGGUAUAUUCAGCCAAUGGCCUCUUUUGCCCGAGAUCUGCUCGGACAUAAAUACUUCCAGGAAUGUAACGGAGGAAGCAAAGAGAAAAUGGAGGAAGUAUUGAUCAAGUCAAAGAGGGAGAAACCAACAUUCAUUCCUUACUUUAUUUCAGCGUGCAAGGAGCUGCCGGGAAAGUUCAUUUUGGGCUACCAGCCUCGUGGGAAACCUCGGAUUGAGUAUGUGACCAUCACCCCGGAUGGUUUCCGCUACCGUUCACAGAUUUUCCCUACAGUGAACGGGCUCUUCCGUUGGUUUAAAGACCAUUAUCAAGAGCCUGUGCCAGGCAUUACUCCUUCGAACAGCAGCCGAACAAGGACUCCUGCAUCCCUCAAUGCAACUCCAGCCAAUAUAAAUAUUGCAGACUUGACUCGAGCUGUCAACGCCCUCCCACGCAACAUGACUUCCCAGAUGUUCAACGCCAUCGCCGCAGUCACAGGCCAAGGCCAGAACCCCAACACCACCCCUGCACAGUGGGGCUCCAGCCAGUACGGCUAUGGUGGCAGCACAGGAGGAGGGGGAGGGAGCUCCUCUGCUUAUCAUGUAUUUGCCACACCUCAGCAGCCCAUAGCAACACCCUUGAUGACACCCAGCUACGCCUUCACUACACCAAGCCAACAGACUCUGGGCACGCCACAGUAUCCAGGAUCCACCCCGCAGUCUUCACACACACAUGCCCUCCCACACAUGGCACAUCACGGCCCCCACAGCAGUCUUCAUGGUCCAUCAUCCGGAACACCCUCGUCCUCUACCUCCUCCCGAGGACGAACGCCACAACAGCAGCAGCAGCCGCAACCACUGCCACAGCCAAAGCCGAGCAGCAGUUCCUCCGCCGUAGACUGGGGAAAGAUGGCUGAGCAGUGGCUAAAGGAGAAAGAAGCAGAAGGGCGAAAGAAAACCCAGAGGAUGACACCGCGACCGUCACCCAGCCCCAUGAUUGAGAGCACACCCAUGUCGCUUGCUGGAGAUGCCACACCCCUGCUGGACGAAAUGGACCGAUAGGACCAUGUGGGGGCGGUGUUGCAACACCCCCAGCUCCCUGACUCACAUGGAUAGCCUUUCACCCUUUUUUUCCUCCUAAACCCCACAUCAUCUUCCUCAAUGGUCUAUUCAUAUAUGUGCUUCACUUCUUGAAAAUUUAACCCUAAAUUUGGUAUCAAGACCCAUGUCUACUCAUUUCUUGUUAUUUCAUACCAAACGUUUCACAUCCUCACCUCCAGCCAAUCUGCUUAGACUGCAAAGUAUUCUGUAUAGUCAAAAUAAUACUCUUUAUGUCAAGCAGAAAAAACUACAGCGAGUUAAAAACAAAAAACUACUUGAAAUAUCAGUUACAUAUAGGAAAUGGACCUACUCAGACACUGACAGACCAGCUGUCCUAUCUUUGUUUUGUGAUGCUUUUCAGUUUGAUCCUUGAAUGAUUUUGACAGAGCAGAUCACUUCACCUCCCCCAUUAUGGUUGGUAGGUGGAGUUCUGAAAGCGUUUGCCAUAACAACACUUUGUCAAAUCGAUCCGGAAAUUUAUUUAUUUUUUGUAUGAAAUCCGUCAGAAUGAAUAAAAACUUCUGUUUUCUGUUCGAAACCUUGAGACUCUGCUCUUCACGUUUCUCAAACAACUGUAUAGAUGAAAGAUUAUGGGUUCCUGCUGAUCGUCUCCACCACACGCUGUAUUAUGAUUAGCUGAGUGCGUUUGGCUCCUGUAGCUACUGUAGACUGUGACCAUGAACAACAUGCCUCUGACGGGGUUCGUUAUGACCUCGAGCAGAAAUGCAAAACAUUGUAGAGAAAGGUAGUACUUGUUUUACAGAUUCUAGUAACAAAUUCCAACUUGACUAAAUACUUAAUUGUCAAGCCAACAUUAUAGAGUAUUGGGUGUUUUUAGUUUUUACUCUGAAUUUUUAUUUUUUUGCAUCCAUGCACAAGUGUUUGCAAUUCAGUGACUCCUUCACAUCUUCCGCUGAGUUACGUUUGCUGUUUUGAAGGAAAUGAUCUCGUUCACUGCUGUAACUGACACAGUACCAGUUUCUUACUGAAACCAGCUAACGAUCUUUCACGUCUUUGCAGCAGUAAAAUUAUGUUUCAGUGGAUGAGUUUAAGUUUUUCUAACACUAUCAGAAAACCCUAUCAGACUUUAUGUUCCAAGCUGAACUACACGCAUUUAUUUCAGUAGAAAAAACAUGAACAAAUUCCUUUUUGUGAUUGUUGUUUGGCAUUUUAAUGCCUCUCUGCUUCCCUCAUGCAUUCACUUUAAUUUUCGCUGUGCCUCUGUGCCACAGUACAAACAAGCAGCACUGCUAUUUAUUGGUGUGCUUUAAUCAGCAGUGUGUGCAAAGUAUCAUGGUCCCUCCCAUUAUAUGCGUAUUGUUUUAAAUAAUUAUUGUUUUUAAAACGUUUUACUUCUCUUGCCAAGUUAAGAUAUUGCACCUGUCUCUGAAAGACUGAU